CAAAAAUUCAUAUUUCAUCGGUCUCGACCUCCACAUCGGUCCCUGAGUCUAAUGAGUCCACUUAAAAUAACUAUCGAAAAGUCAUGGAGCUUGUUUUUCAAUUUUUUUAAGUAUUAACGUUUGUGUUGUUUAUUACCGAUUAUAACGAUGAUCAUUCGUAUCAGUGUACGCUUGAAAGUGUGUCUUGUUUACUUUAGCCGAGUGUUAUAAUAAUUUAAAUCACGUACCGCACAUUUGUGAUCGUUUAUAGUUAAUAAAUAUGUUAGACAAAUAUGUUAUAAAUCGCUUUAUGUUAUCCAUAAACUAUUAAUAGUCUUAUGCACACACCUAAGCAUCAAACCAGAAAGGCCGACCCGAUGAGAAAAAAUGUACAAGACAUACCACGGGGCGCUAUAUCUAACCAAUCAUUUGGAAAACUAUUACCAAUCUAUACAUAUGUUGUGUUUGUUUGUCCGAAAAUACAGUAAAACUUCAGCUUGUAGCAGAGUGUUACCAUUCACAGAGCGUUACCAUUCCAAAUUCAGAAGGGGUCCACAAGUCAAUCAACUGAUCAUUUCCAGUUAUUGUGGACGAAGCAUGACUUAUUUGUCGUGCAACGAUGUCUAUUUGCAGAACUUUAAGGAUGACAAAAAACAAGAUCAAUGGCCAGUCGUAUGUCAUAACCAAACAUCAUGUUGUACAUGUGUGACCAGAAGCUGAGCGAACUGAUUACCUGAAUGCUAACAAUAAGAAAGGAGGUGCCAGGCACAGAGAGCGACAUUGAGAGUGCUAGCUACCACAUAAAUGACUGCAGUAAGUUUGCGUCUUUGAAGAUGGCUCGAAACAAGCGAGGCAAACAGAAACAAACAACACCAACGGAGAGCAAUACGUUGAAAACAUCCCAAGAUUGGGAAAGUAAUUCGACAGAUGAUAAAGAAUUCUCUGAGACACUUUCAAGAGUUCUUGAUUAUGUUGGCGUCAACGCAGAUUUAAUACAGUUUAGAAGGAAAAUAAUGUUAUCGUAUGAACGUGAAUUUACAUUGAUAUACAACGCAUUUGGAAGUAACAGACGCGGCUACAUAUUUGGAAGUCAAAUCGAGGGCACUACAACAAUUGGAAUGAUGUCGGACCGAGACCAAUUACAGCGUUUUGAUUUGUUUCGUUUGUUUCUUGAUUCCGAAAAUCCACACAUUCUGCCGCAUGAUCAUCAAGUCGUGAUAAAGGUGAGCACACACGUUUGUGCUUCGCAGUACUGUGUUUUAACAAUGAUUGAACCAUCAACACAAGCAAGGCGUUUUCAACCAUUGGAUCCUUAUAGAGAUCCUUUUGAUAUCGUUAAUUUUUUUAAGUGGGAUUGGACAACAACUGACGGCAUGAUUCAUCAUAAAGGUAUAUCCGUUAUUCAAAACCAACUGCCGUUAAUACGUAUGCUUACGGAAAGACACGGACCUGCACAAAAUAUAUGGAAUAUAGACAAUAUUUACGCGUGUUACUGUAAAAGUCUUCCAAAGCAGUGCAAGUUCAUUUUCGAAAGGCCUCGCCCCGGUCAUUGGCCUUCGGGAAAGACUUUGAAAAAAGCAAAGAAAUACGGCAUCUUCAUAGUUCCACAGGGACCCCCUAAACAUACGAACAUUUGUACGUACGAUUAUUUUGACUAUCAAUGGCGAAUUUCAACAAAUCUUACAGAGCGGCUAUUAAUGUUCAGUUUAGACACAGUACAUCUGAAAGCAUAUGUUCUGAUAAAGAUGUUAAGAACGGAGUUGUUUAUGCCAGAAUAUCAAAAUAGGCUAAGUACAUUUCAUUUGAAAACUGCCUUAUUCUUUGCGGUUGAGAACACCCGGCCUGAUGUGUGGAGAGAGGACAAUCUUAUCAAUUGUGUCAAGUACAUACUUGUAACUUUUAGGCGCUUCUUGAAACGCCGAAAUUGUCCACACUUUACGAUUGCGAAUGUGAACCUUUUUGAUGGCAAAAUGGAACGACACGAGUUUCAGAAAUUGGUGAAUAAACUUACAUUUGUUAUGAAUUCGAUUCGGACAAAAAUCGAACAGUUACAAAUGGACAACAUUGGAACGAUGCUUAAUGAGCGCAGUACCACAAACAGUGGACAAAAUAUAUAUUGUACGAAUAAUUCGGCACUAUUCAAUUAUGUGUGUAAUAUAUUUCAGGGAGGGCCGCAUACUAUUGAUGGAUUUGAAUUUUCAGGCUUAUCCGUCAGUAAUAGGAUAGCUGUGUUUGAACAGGAAUUUAUGCGCUUUGAAAUGUAUUAUCGUACCCCGUUGAACAAAUACAGAACAUAUGACUAUGGAUUGCAUAGCUUCAUAUCAGGUCUAGCUAGUUUUGGUGCUUCGGCGUAUUUAGAACAGAAGACUAAAGGGCGUGAAUACAAUCACGAUGGCAUCAAUAAAGCUAGACAAAUGUUUAUUCAGUCUCUACAGUCUGAUAUCAUUGGUUACUACAUGCGAUACGCUUCUUUCCUGUUCUGCAAUGGGGAUUAUGAUGAAGCAUGUACAUAUUUUGACCUGAUAGAAACGAAGAUAGAAGAAGAUAAAAAAACUAAUCUUAUUUACCUCUUAUGCCAUUCGCCCUCUGAGGCAUUAACAUUGCAGAUAGCAAAGCAGUCGUAUUUGAAGUCUGUUAAACAAAGAUUUUCUGUCUUUGUGACAUUUAGACAAACAGAGGCUAUGUGUGUUCCUGAAUUCUUAAGGUGUGAAAUGUACCGAUGGCGUUUCGGCACAAACACGUCAUCUGAUUUUCGGAUACCAUUUUAUAGCAAUGAAGACUGCAUUUGUGCGCUAAUCGAACCCUAUCUCUACUAUAUACAGUAUCUUACAUACAGGGAACUCCAUCAAGAACGUAAACGGUCGGACGCUUUGGAGAAAAUAUUGAAAUUCACUACAAACAUUAAAUUCAGAAGAGUCGUCUCAUCUAAUGGCGAUAUGUUUCAAUCAUUCGACCACUUUGAUACCUCUUUGAACAUAUUAGGACACUGCUUUGAACUGGAGCAGAAUUUUGUAUUGGCGUGGAUAACUUAUAUACUUUCUUUACGAAUGCUACCUCAGAGAAAUGCAGCUGUCCUGCAUAUAAUUCGACUCCUUUGGCAAGUCUAUCAACUUCUGCGGACUUAGGAACUACAGUCUCGAAAUGACAAUAUGACGGUGCUAUCUAUUUAUUGUGUUAUGUUACUCAAACAAGAGUUAAAACUGAAAGUCAUUAAUACCCAGACAUACCCCUGUAAUACGGAUUAGUACUACAAUAAGUGAUGUGUGUAUCAUAUUUGUUGUUAAAAUAGUAUUAGUCAUAGUGACAGUUGUAUUAUUCUCUUCCGACUUUCUUUAACGAUGUGUAAUAAACAAUUGCCAUUGCACAUAAACAUGAAGAUUCAUAUCAUUCAAUUCCAGCCUUUGGUCACCUCCUAACAAAGGUAAAGCAUUGUGAUUUUGAGUGAUGGAGAGAGUUGCAUAUGCUAUUUAAGAGGCCACAUACAUGUAAUUUUGAUUAACUACACUGGCUAAAAUUAAUGGCUAUUAUUAAAAUACUACGGCCAAUAUUAGUAGUAGUAUUAUAAGUAGUAUCAUUGUUAUUAUUAUUGUUAUCAUUCUAUGUUAUUUACUGUCUAAAAUGUUAAAGUAUAACACAUGCUAUUCUGUUUUAAA